AUGAUCACGUGAUCGGAGAUCGACUUCUUCUUUUGUGGCCACGAGGUUUUGUGGUAAAAAUUGCGUGAACGGGGUGUAAAAAUCCCUCUACUUUUGUAGUUUUACAAAAAUGCCCUCCAGCAACCCUCUGCCACCCAAAGAGAAUGCACUGUUUAAGCGAAUUUUGAGAUGUUACGAACAUAAACAGUAUAAAAAUGGGUUGAAGUUCGCGAAACAAAUCUUGUCGAACCCGAAGUUCAGCGAACAUGGGGAGACACUUGCGAUGAAGGGUCUCACUCUGAACUGCUUGGGCCGCAAGGAAGAAGCGUAUGAUCAUGUACGACGUGGACUCAGGAACGAUCUGCAGUCCCACGUUUGCUGGCACGUCUACGGUUUGCUGCAGCGAUCGGACAAAAAAUACGACGAAGCUAUUAAGUGCUAUCGAAACGCUCUCAAAUGGGACAAGGACAACAUUCAGAUCCUUCGAGAUCUGUCCUUAUUGCAAAUCCAGAUGAGGGACCUGGAUGGUUACAAGGACACGAGGUAUCAGUUAUUUAUGUUGAGACCCACCCAGCGAGCUUCUUGGAUUGGAUUCGCAAUUUCUUAUCACUUGCUCAGAGACUACGAGAUGGCUUUAAAGAUUCUUGACACGUUUCGAAAUUCUCCCAUGAUUUGCUACGAUUAUGAGCACAGCGAGUUGCUGCUUUAUCAGAACAUGUUGAUCCAAGAGUCAGGAGAAUGUGAACAGGCCUUGAGACACCUCGACAAAUACAGUGAUCAGAUUUGUGAUAAAAUCACAGUAAAAGAAACCUACGGCAAGCUGAGGCUGGAACUGGGACACUUUGCGGAAGCAGCCCAAGUUUUCAAGGAGCUAUUGAACAUAAAUCCCGAAAAUACAAUCUACUACACUAGGUUAGCGGAAGCCCAAAGACACACUUGUCCUGAAGAGACACUACAAAUGCUUAAACUUUACGAAGAUCUGUUUCCUCGAGCGCUGGCGCCGCGUCGUCUACAGUUGAAUUAUGCUUCUGGGGAAGAGUUCGAGAUAUUUGUUGAUAAAUAUUUACGGAGAGGUCUGCACAAGGGAGUUCCACCGUUGUUUGUGAACCUUCGGUCCCUAUAUGCGGAUAAGGAGAAGGUAAAAACUAUAGAGUCGUUAGCCCUUAGCUAUAAGGAAGCUUUGAAAACUCACGGACACUUCAGCGGUCAGGACAAGGACAAUGUGAGGGAGCCAGCUUCGGCUCUUUUGUGGACAUAUUAUUACUUGGCCCAGCAUUACGACUAUCUGGGACAAACGAAGAAAGCGUUGGAGGAAAUCAAUGCUGCUAUCGAUCACACACCCACGCUAAUUGAGCUUUUCGUUACUAAAGGUCGAAUCUAUAAGCACGCAGGAGAUGUCCAGGAAGCGUAUAAAUGGCUGGACGAGGCGCAGGGUCUUGAUACCGCGGAUCGCUACAUAAAUUCAAAAUGUGCCAAGUACAUGCUACGUGCAAAUCUCGUGAAAGAAGCUGAAGAAACUUGUGGAAAGUUCACAAGGGAAGGUGUCCUUGCUAUGGAAAAUUUGAAUGAAAUGCAGUGUAUGUGGAUUCAAACAGAAGCCGCCUAUGCGUACAAACGUUUAGGAAAGUACGGAGAAUCGCUCAAGAAGUGCCACGAGGUCGACAGGCAUUUCUCUGAAAUAAUAGAGGACCAAUUUGACUUCCACACAUACUGCAUGCGAAAAAUGACGUUGCGUUCUUACGUUGGUUUGCUGAGGUUAGAGGAUGUCCUGCGUUCACAUCCGUUCUACUUCAAGGCAGCUAAAUGUGCAAUGGAGGUUUAUCUCAGACUACACGACUAUCCCCUCCCUGAUCCGGCACAAACUCAAGAAAUGGACACUGAAAAUUUGCCACCAUCCGAGUUAAAGAAGUUCAGGAAUAAGCAGAGAAAGCAGCGUAGGAAGGCGGAGCUGGAAAGGCAGCAGGCUGCUCAAGCUCAAGAGAAGAGGGAACAACACAAUAAGUCUCGGCAACAAGCUGAUCCCGAUCUCGAACAACCUACGCUAGAUGAACUUAUUCCUGAAAAAUUAGAAAGGUCGGAAGAUCCUUUAGAACAAGCCAUAAAAUUUUUGCAACCCUUGCAAGAGUUGGCAUCUGAUAGAAUAGAGACGCAUCUAAUGGCAUUUGAAAUCUACAUUCGAAAAGGUCGAACGCUAUUAAUGUUGCGGUCGAUAAACCGCGCAUAUCGCUUGGAUCCAAACAACCCAGAGCUGCACACAUGUCUCGUACGCUUCCUGCAACACACAAACGCAUCACCCUUAGAAGGCGCCGUGGCUGAGGUCGUGAAACGCCAGACUAGUGGAAUAUUCUCGAGUUCCAGUGCGGAGAACCUGAACGCGCAGUACUUGAAGAAGAACAGCAAGUCUCUGCCACACCUCUUCCAGGGCGCGCGGAUGAUCUAUCUUUUAGAUCCCAGUGCUCAAUCAAAGGCUCUCUCUCUCAUAACUAAUAUCGAGGACCUCGAAGGCGUCACCCUAGAAAUUUGCACGAGGGUGCUCGAGGCUCUUUGCACCGGCGAUUUCGGCUCCUGCGAGUCAACGGUAGCUGACUUCAGAUCUAAGAGCCAUUAUCGCUUCCCCUACGCGACCGCAUUUCGUCUACAUGAGGUUCCAGAGGCCAAAGUGACCGUCAAUCACCAGGAGAAGGAAAACUCUAUCAAGAACUGAUCCUAGCACACGAAUUUGGGAUCUAGCUAGGCGAAUCAAGGGUUGAGAGAACGCUCGAAGGGGAAAGAGUAACAAUUUUUAAUUGAUCGAUGGUAUCGGUUGUUUUUAUCAACGCGAGCGAACGUUCUCGUGGAUGGACACGAAGGGACUGAGUGGACUUAGUGUACAUUGUGCGUUGUGUAAAAUAUUAUAUAUGGCGAAACAAGACUUGUAUACAUGCGUGUUAAGCGCUUCUGUGUGGUUUUGUACACUUACGACCUUGUUAACGUCAAGCAGGUCUCUACCGUGUAGAGUUUGCGAAGGAAAUAUCGUUGAACACCACAUUUGUACCGUCGCUGAAUGAAGUUUUCUUUUUUUAGAACCUUGUCGAGUUUUAUUAGUAACUCUUACAAAGACUAUGUCGAAUGAGAAAACAUAGAUACCACAAUUAUUUGUAGGCCAAAGAGGAUCUCAAAUAUAGAGUGCGCCUCCGUCGAAUAUACAAUAUGGACGACAUAAUAGGGUAACUGGACUUAGGUCGCCAUGAUUUUGAUUCAAUAUUUUUGCAGUAUAAAAAUGAUAAAGUGGUUCAAUACAAGUUUGAAGGAAGAAUUAAAAUAACUUUUCUUUCGACACGGAGAGUAAUUUCGGGAUGUUAAUUCACGGCACUACUACUUGAUUUUAUUACGCUUUGGCGCGAGAACUGCGAUCUUGGAACCCUUGCUUUUUAAAGCAUACGUCUCGAAGUUUCAGACAUUAGGCCACGCCCCUUCAGUCUCAGGUGUUGAAUUCUAUGCUUUUAAAUUACAGAGUCCCAGACCUUAAAUCACGUAAAAAUUGUAGCUGUAAAAUCACGCGUUUCCGUGAAUUAAUGAUAUUGGAUUAUUAAAAAAAUAGUUGUGCCUACAUUUUCUAAUUCGACAAUGAAACCCUCCAGCGUUUUCCUCUUUCACUGUACUUCCGGACGUAAGACGCUCAAACUCGUUGAGUUUUUUCCCUCCAUUUUUGGGUUCGACAAAUAAAUUUCAGGUAUUGUGGAAAAGGAGCUUAUAACAACCUUGCGAACCUUUUUUCUUUCUUGAUAGGAAAAAUAUGUGUAAUAUACGAAGUGAGAUAUAAAUAAAAAAGAAAAUGGCGCGCUAUCAUCUAGAAUUAUCUCAGAGAAAGCAAACCACUGAAGAAAGAUUUUAAUACUCAAUCUUGAAUGUAUCAUUUUUGUGUAAUGUCAAUAUUGACCUAGUACUUAAAACUUAAAUUUCAUGGAAUAGAAAUAAAGAUUUAGUUGUGUAAACAGUAUCUUUAAUUUUUCAUUUCACAUUUUAGUUGUAAGUUACUUAUUGUAAAUUAUAAUUUUAACUGAGAAACGAAAUUUACUUUUUAUUUGAAGUAGCAAUUUUAUGUCGAACGUAACUGUAAAAUACACUUCGUGCUUCGUAUAUUGCUCGUGUUUUUUCAAUGGAGACAAAAUUCAAUUUUUUCUACGAAAUAUUGUAUGUGGUUAUGUUUUUAUCAUUUAAAAGAAUUCGAAUUUAAAUGAAAUUAAGUUAGAAAUUUCUCACUUUUUUUCAAUGAAGUAGAAGGUAAGAUCAAAAUUGGAUUCCGUAUUUUUAAAUGAAUACUCGUAAUCUCAUUUGGCGAAUUAAAACCAUCGAUCGAAAUUUAUUUGAUCCUUUCGCUCUAUUCCUGAUCUUCCACUUCGACCAACUCUCUCUCUCUCUCGCCCUAUCUCUCUGCCCCCCCCCCUCUCUCUCACCAAAUAUGAUUUACAAACUCAUAUCGCAUACAUCAUCGGGCAUCGCUAAGUUUUCUGCAAGGGGAAUGUAAAUGUUACCACUAACACGUGAUUAUCAAAACUUUGACCCUCGAUUUGUAGGAAAUAGUAUUCAAAUUACGCCACAUAAGAUAAGUAACGAUUUAACGAUAUUAUUCACACAAUUUAAAAAAAUUACUCUUACGAUAUUAUCAUUUCUUUGAAAUGAUACUGACUGUAAAAAACAAAUCAAAGGCAAUUAUCGCAGAUUGUCCGUGCUACCACUUUCCCUUAUGAUUUUUAAAUUAUGUCAGAUUCUUACGAUUUUUUUGUCACCUUUUUUUUGUAAACUAUCGUAAGUGUAUUAUUUAUUUCACAAACGGCUGUAUAGGCUCGAAAUAUUAGAAACGCACUUCCUCUCAUUUGUACCUAUUGUCGAUCACAUUCUAUAUGUAAAUAUUUGGCACCGAUGAAACAUGUUAUAUUAUGCGUUAUUAAAGAAAUAAUAUUGAAACAAAAAUGUCUGAAUAAAAAGAAAACAUCAAUAAAAAAGUAAUUGUUAAGAAACUAAUUCUGUUUCACCUGUUAGUAAAAAAGGUUGCUAUUUCGAUAAGAAUUUUCGAACUUGUCGGUUAAUAGAGGUGUGCAAAAAAUUAAACUAAGCCAAGUUGAUUCGAGCUACUCAAGUGUGGGUUCGAGAACCUUUUUAAUUUCAAAAUAUUCAUGAUUGAUUGAACAAGUAAGCAAAAUUUCCAUGACACUUCGUAAUAAGAGGGGUUACGGGUUGCUGACAAUGAAUUACAGACCACAAUUUGGAUUCAAGAUUGCGAUCUAGUUUUUGAAAAAUUCAAUAAAUUGUCAUAUUUUUACGUAAGUGGGUGCCCAAGGGGAGUUUCGGAUUGCUGAACACAAGUUUGAAGUACAAAUUUUACAUUUAUUAUCCACAAUCUUUUGAGAACCCGAAACCGCUCGACAUCGAUCUACUGACCCGAAAAAACUAGUUUGAACUUCGAAUUUCGCAGUUUUUGCAUACCCCUAUGAAUGAAUGGUAAUCUUAUAAUGCUUGAAAAAAAUUCAAUCAAUAUUAAUGAUUUUAAUUUUUCCCAUUAAUCCCUAAUCCUUAUUCAUGAUUUUAAUUAUAUAUGAAAAUUUCAAAAAUCGAAAUUGAUAGAAUAAUGAAAUACACUGCCAGAGUAGUUUACAAAAAUGUAUUUCUUGGAAAUGCGGACGCGUAGUUGCGCCGAUUAUUGAUAAUUAUUAAUUAAUAAUCAAGUCAUCGAUCAUGUGUAUUAUAGUCAUUUGGAAUCGAUGUGUCAGUAUCGAAUCUACAAGGGUAGGACAACGUUAACGUCCGCUGUUAUUGUCAUUAAAAGAUCUUAAAAUUAAGUGAGACCUCUUGCCGUUUAAUGAAUCGGCAUCAAAUGCCGAAGAGGGAAUAUGUACAUAUAUAGUCAAUAAUUAUAUCCGAGUCUCCGAAAGUCAUAUAAUAAUAGGCAUAAUCGUAGGGAACGGGUUUUCACUUAAUUUGGGAAAAAAUCACAUGCUUUCGUUUUCUAUAUCAAUUUUUCCGUCGGUCCAAGACUUAUUUUUGGUGUGAGAGAUAAGUGCGAAUGUUGUUUCUCUCGAUAUGCGUGACUGUACGGCAUAAAAAUAUUUAUAUAAGUUAUGACGAAUAAACACAAAUUAAACCAA